AAUGUAUGCAUUCAAAUUUGAGAAAGGAAUCUGUCUUGCUAUAUAUGAAUUUGGAAGAGCCGUGCUUUGACUUGCAUGUCUUGGAAAGUUCUUUAACUUGUUUGUUUCUUUCUUGAGGUAGAUUUUGUUUUGAUCGAGACCCAAUUGUUGAAUGGAGAUCAAUAAGGCUUCUUCCUCCCGGUGUCCAGAUAGUUCUGAUAGGCUCCCUGCAUCUCAAUGGCUACAGACAACUCUAUCAGGUAUGGAAAAGAAAAUGAAAGCUAUGAUGAACCUCUUGGAAGAAGAUAGUGAUUCUUCUGCUCAGAAAGCAGACAUUUAUUACAGAAGGAGUACAGAUCUGAAGCAAAUGCUUGAGGAGUUCAACAAAUCUUAUCUCGCUUUGGCAGAAGAACAUGACCAACUGAGGUCAGAAUUGCAUCAAGACACUAAUUCAGGGUCUUCAGCAUCUAACUUUAAAAGUACUCAAGAUGCCAGCAAUGACAAGAAAAGGGUUAUAGGAAGCUUUGAUGAUUCUAAAGUCAAGGGCCUGUACUCCCACUCGCAAUCACUUGAUGAAAAGUCAAUCCUUGAAUACUACAGUGCAACAUCUGAGCUUGAAAAUCUGAGCAAGCUAGCAGAUCAACUAGUGUCAACUGAAUCAUGUAUGAUAAAUUCCAGACCACAACUUGGACAUAGAGAUGAUAUAGUGGGAAAGGAGAACACUUGUGCUGCUGACGGGGACACAAGUUUCAAGACAAAUGAUUUUCAGUUCUUUCAGGCUGCACAAGAAGAGUCCCCUUUAGGAAGUUAUGAGUCCCAGAACACAUGGUCCGAACUAAACCACCAAUUCACAAAGCUCAUGCAAGAGAAUCUGCAGCAGCAGGCAGAAUUAGCGAGGAGAAAUAUUGAAAAGAAAGUUGCCAUUAAGGGGCUUCAGCUUGAGGUGAAAUGCUUAAAACGAGAGAAUGCAGCCCUCCAGGAUUGUCUCAGAUACUCAAAAGUUUAUGUGAAUCACAAAAAAUUGCAGAGAUCAAAACUUGGGGGGAAAUUUGUGGGUAAUUUCUUUGGGGGAGGUUGUUCAUGAUUUGGCAGUUGCUUUUUUCUUGCUGUAUGAACAGAAUCGAUCUUCAAUAUAAAGCUAUAAGCUUGUCUUCUAGAUAACUUCUUUAUAGAAUGUUUGAUAUAACUUCUCCUUGAUUUAUCGCAAUGGAUUUCCAUCCCUUCUUGAGA